AUGGACCCUUCAGCAAGGAAGGCUCUUUGUGUCCUUGUCACCCUGACACUCCUGAAGCUCCCUGAAGCUGAGUCCCAAGAAGCUGGCCUCCUCCCAGGGCCAAGAAAGCCCUUCUUCAAGAGGUUCCGGAGACUGGAGGAGCAGUUCCGGAGAUUCCAGGAGGUGACCCUAACUCACCUGCAGGCGAUUGCCAGCAACUACAACGUGUCCUACAAUGUGGAUGCCCGCUUCCAGAACCUGACACAGGAGAACCUGGCCCUGGCCCUGGCGCUGAACCAGUUGCAGGCUGCCGUGCAGGGUGACCUUGGCCACCUGAAGAGCUGGGUGCGGAAGGCACAGAGCAAGAGCCACAAAGUGGAUGCCAAGUUGCUGGCCUUGGGCCAGGCACUGAGCGAGGGGAGCCGAGAGCAUGCCCGGGAGCUCAAGGUGCAGAAGGAGCAGGGUGAUGCCAUCUCUGGAAUGGCCCUGGACUUGCGUGCCCUGCAGGGCAAGCUGACUGGCCUGAUGCAGCUUGUGCACGACCAGGGCACCAGGCUGUCUGCUCUCCAGGGGCAGAUGCAGGUGGCCAGCCUUGGCACUGCAACCUCAGCCCUAAUACUGCCUGAGCGGCUGAGCCCUAGCCCCCUGCCACUACAGGGACAGAGGCCUGACACUGCUGCCUCAGCCUCAGCCCUGGUCCUGCCUGAGCGGCUGAGCCCUAGCACCCUGCAGCUUUUGGGACAGAUGCCUGAAACUGCUGCCUCGGCCUCAGCCUCACCCUUAGCUUCGGCCCCGGCCCUGCCUAAGUGGCUGAGCCCAAGCCAGCUACAGCCACAGGUGGACAGGCAGAUGCCUGGACCUAUUUUGGAGCCCAGCAACCCCCGUCAGGACAUCACUGGCCAUCUCCAGAAAACUUCAGAGUCUGCCAGUGCAGCCCCCAGCAAUCCUCAUCAGUGGGCACAAUCCCCCCAGAGACCAGGAGAGAUUUGCAACGUGGACACUGCGCUUGUGUUCCCCAACGCCUCCACUGAAAAUGUGGUCCUCCUUCGUCCUGGCUUCCUGGGAAGCCUGCGGGCUCUGUCCUUCUGCAGCUGGGUCCGCUCGGCCUCCGGCCGUGUGGGCACGUUGCUCUCCUACGCCACCAGAGACAACGACAACAAGCUGGUGUUGCACGGCCGGGACUCCCUGCCCCCUGGCUCCAUUCACUUUGUUAUCGGAGACCCUGCCUUCCGGGAGCUCCCCCUGCAGCCGCUGCUGGACGGCCAGUGGCACCACCUGUGUGUGCUCUGGACGUCCACCCAGGGCCGCCACUGGCUCUACAUGGACCGCAGGCUGGUGGCCACCGGCUCCCGCUUCAGGGAGGGCUAUGAGAUCCCACAUGGGGGGUCCCUGGUGCUGGGCCAGGAGCAGGACAUCAUGGAAGGUGGCUUUGACAGUGCUGAGGCUUUUGUGGGGAGUCUGGCUGGCCUGGCCAUCUGGAACCGGGCACUGACCCCUGGGGAGGUGUCCAGUCUCGCUGCUGGGAAAGGGGUUCCGACAGGUGCCCUCCUGACCCUGGCCAAUGUCACAUCGGUAGGUGGAUUUGUGCAGAAGGUGACCUGUACCUGCCUGGAGCUCUGUCCCUGA